AUGGAUCCUAUCCCGCGAUCCCAACACCUCUUUGAGGUGUUCCUGCGCCUAAGGCCGCCCCAUCCAGGAGGCGCACAAUCCGAACGCAUUCUCGACGUUGAACAGCCUGAAGUCAGCCCGCAUCCAACGCACAUCACACUGAACCCGCCGCCGGAUCGACGAAAAGCCGUUGAAAAGUUUGGCUUCACACAGAUAUUCGAGGAGGAUGAGGACCAGCUGGAUGUGUUCCACUGUACAGAUACCUCAUCGCUGAUCGAAGGCAUCCUGGCACCCGAAGGUGGUGACGGCACAGAUGCUGUGAUUGCGACGCUCGGAGUCACUGGCUCGGGCAAGACACACACGAUUCUCGGCAACCGACACCAGCGAGGCAUCGCUCAGCUCGCAAUCGAUGUCAUCUUCCGAUCGAUCAGCGAGAACAUGGUCGAAUCAGCCCAGUCGCCGACCCUCGAUUCUCUACAAGCCUGCGAUGCGUCUGAAUCUACACUCGUCACGGCAACGCACUUUCUCGAUACCAUGAGCGGAGACUCCAUACAGAGAUCAACGACGCCGAUGAUGGUACGAACACAACCAGCCCUUUUAUUUGGUAAACCGACCACCCCCAGCAAAGCUGCUGCCAGCGCACAGCAAAUGCCCGGCUCCUUUCCCGACUCAGCCACAGCCAGCCCGAAAAGUGUCGAGCCUGUUAGUGAGACCGAAGAGACGCUCCAGCGCAAGGCGCAACAGGAUAGUUCCGCCCAGCAGUCCCUGGGAAUAACAAAGUCGAUUACGAUUGCCAACGUUUCUCCAUCCAAGCGGGUGUUGGACAGACCUUUCAUGUCAUUAACUGCAACAAGCCGACUGAAGACAACUGCUAAACAAGAUAUCAAGAACGAAAGCUUUGGCAGCAUCGGCUCCAGCUCCGGCCAAAGACGAACUCUACGACGCCAUUCGAACUUUUUAAUGUCGCUUCCCAGUGGUCCGGAUGUUAGCGACUUCGUGGUGCCAUGCGACCCCGCCGCCGAAUAUGUUGUCGUCGUAUCCAUGUACGAAGUUCACAACGAUCGAAUCUACGACCUCCUCACCCCAGCCAGCAAAUCUCCGUCCACUAAGGAGCUCCGUCGCCGACCCCUUCUCUUCAAGCCCACCGAGCAUUCCCCUGACCGUAAAGUGGUUGCCGGACUCCGGAAAGUAGUCUGUACCGACGUCAGAGAAGCCAUUCUGGUCCUGGAGACUGGUCUGCAGGAGAGGCGAGUGGCCAGCACAGGAAGCAAUAAUGUCUCUAGCAGGAGCCACGGCUUCUUUUGCUUCGAGGUCAAAAAGAGAUCCUAUGGUUGGAGAAACAACUCUUGGAGCGGCAGCAAACUGACAAUUGUCGAUCUUGCGGGGAGUGAGAGAGCAAGGGACGCAAAGACCCAGGGCGCAACUCUGGCAGAGGCGGGGAAGAUUAAUGAGAGCCUCAUGUAUCUUGGGCAAUGUCUGCAGGCUCAAAGCGAAGCCAACGGGUCUAGUAAAUCCAACGUCAUUCCCUACAGACAGUGCAAACUCACAGAGAUCCUCUUUACCAACUCCUUUGCUUCGGCGCCAACAACUUAUAAUCAUCUUCCCAAACGAAACCCUCAGAGAGGUGUCAUGAUUGUUACAGCAGAUCCAUUGGGCGAUUUCAACGCAACUUCUCAGAUCCUUCGGUACAGCGCUCUCGCCCGGGAGGUGACUGUUCCCCGUGCUCCGUCAUUCAGCGGCGGUAUGGGAAGUAACGGGCAUGGCACGCCGAGGUCGUUUGGCAAUAAUGGCUUUGGUUCGGUGAGAAGCCAUUUUUCACCCGUCUCUGCUACCGAGGAGAGAGUUACAAUGGAAAUUGCCGCGCUGGAGAUUGCCAGGAUGAGCGACGAGAUUGAGCAGCUGCGCGGCGAAAUUGAUAUACAGAGCGAGGCUCGGAUUGCGGCCGAGGCUCAUCUCCUUAGUGCGGAGGAUCGAAUGAUUGACAUUGAAGCCGCGAUCCGAGAAGAGUGCGCUCUUGAAUUCGAGCAGCGCCUUGCAAUCGAACUCGCUCGAUUCAAGGCAUCGAUGCAAAUCGAAAAGGAGCGACACGAAGAGCACUGGGACCGCAAAGUCGACAUCUUGGAGCGCAGUCUGGAUAGUGCCACUUUUGAUGAAGGUUUCGACAAAGAAAACAUUCUGGUGGAGAAUCUGACGCAAGAAGUCGAGCGUCUGCGGCGCGAAAAUACGAUUCUCAAGAGGGAGAUGGGGAGCCGCAGCCCAAGUAAGCGGAAGCCACUGGAAGAGCGCGAAGACUACUCCAUGGCCAGUGGAGGAGAUUCUACGUUGAAGCCAAAGUCUGAUAGCGUAUUAAGCCUCAACCGCAAGCUGGAGCGUCUCAAGGUCGGCGACGGCCCUCGGCUUCAUGCCAACCCUGGCAGUCCCAAGAAGGUGCGCAGGCUGGUCGCCAGGCGCUGGGAAGAUUCAGACGGCCUUUGA